AUGGCAGAUAGAGAGCAGCUAAUCCAGAGAGCCCGUAUGGCUGAGCAGGCGGAACGGUACGAUGACAUGGCCUCGGCGAUGAAACAGGUAGAGACGUCAUUGUUCUAAUGCAUCUCACUUGAAAUAAUUACUUAAUGUGACAAUCAUUGAUAUCAGUUUGUAACAAAGGUCAUCAGAUUACGUCAUUCAAUAGUCUGACCAUGUAGUAUCUUGCCAACUACGGUAGCGUAGCUAGUUAGCUACAGUAGCUGCGUUUUUUUCGUCUUUACUUUUAGAAAAUAUUUCCAGAAUUCUGUGCAUAAUCAAAUCAGUGUGAAACCUGGUGCACACAACACCAAGGUUAUUUUGCUUCUGUUACUAUGUUAUUUUGCCAUAUCUUUUUGAGAAGCGAAUGUGGUAACUAAAGAACUAGUUAGCUAUAUCUAGCUAAGAAUGAAACUGGUAGUCGUCUGGCUUCGUGGCUAGCUACGGCUGGUCGAUGCAGUAGCAGUAGCACCAGCCCAGAUGAACAGAGGCACACAUUGGGUACCUUCGUUCACUAGUUACAGCACUUUGGGCCGAGUGAAUAAAACUAGCUAGAUAGUCCAAGCUUGAAAGCUGGUCUUACAUUACCUGUAAUAGCUUAACUAAGAUAAUAAUGGUCAACUUUAUGCCAGACCGAGAUAAAUGUUCUUAAAUAACUAGCAAAUAUGUUAUGAACGACUAGAUUCUGUUCCUUUGCGAAUGCACUCACACAUACCCUGUCUGCAAGGGGGUCGUCACUUGUUACCACAUCCACAAAUGGCUAAACCCUGUGUAUUUCUACAAUGUAUCUUCUUAAAAAUUUAUUUUAAACCUAACCCUAAAUACACUGAUAACCUUAUGCCUAAUCCUAACCGUAAAUUAAGACUAAAAAUCACAUUUUUGUGAUAGACAAUUUCGACAUUAUGACUGUGGUAACUAGUGACAACCCUGCAAGGUCAGAUGUAUUGAUGCUGAUGGAUACAUUUUCAGCUAAUGACUUAAAUGCAUCCGGUUGCUCAAAAGGCAUAGAAGUAUCUUUAUAUAAUAAAACAAAAAAAUCUGGUUCAAUCAAGCACAGCUUCAUUCACAAACACAGCAUACAUUUAGGCAUCAAAGGCCUUUAUCUCAACCUAGGCAUGUAUGCACCCUUCAACGUCACACCUUUGUCAUGGUGAAUUUGUAUAGCUUUUUUUCAGGAUAAGUAUAAAAACAGGUGCUCCCAAUGUUAGGCCAAUGGUCAAUUUCUUAGAUGUAUAGAAAGUAUAUGAUAUGGUAGCAUUUUCACAUCCUGUCACCAUUAAUAAAAUAUAUGCCAUUUAGCACAUACAUACAUUUUUUACGUAUGGGUGGUCCCCGUAAUUGAACCCAUUAUCCUGGUGUUGCAAGAGCCAUGCUCUACCAGCUGAGCUUUUUAACACUUCUAUGUCCUCACCAGGUGACUGAGCUGAGCGAGCCUCUGAGUAAUGAUGACCGCAACCUGCUCUCCGUGGCCUACAAGAACGUGGUGGGGGCCCGGCGGUCCUCCUGGCGCGUCACCUCCAGCAUUGAGCAAAGGGCCAUGGCCGACGGCAACGACAAGAAGCUGGAGCUGGUGAAGGCCUACCGGGAGACCAUUGAGAAGGAGCUGGAGACUGUCUGCCAGGACGUGCUCAACCUGCUCGACCAGUUCCUCAUCAAGAGCUGCGGAGAAGACCAGCUGGAGAGCAAGGUGUUCUACCUGAAGAUGAAGGGCGACUACUACCGCUACCUGGCCGAGGUGGCCACGGCCGAGAAGAAGACCUCUGCCGUGGAGUCCUCAGAGGGAGCCUACAAGGAGGCCUACGAGAUCAGCAAGAGCAUGGCGGCCACCCACCCCAUCCGCCUAGGCCUGGCCCUCAACUUCUCUGUGUUCUAUUACGAGAUCCAGAACGCUCCCGAGGAGGCCUGCAAGCUGGCCAAGGAGGCCUUUGACGAGGCCAUUGGACACCUGGACAAUCUGAACGAGGACUCCUAUAAGGACUCCACCCUCAUCAUGCAGCUGCUGCGGGACAACCUGACCCUGUGGACCAGUGACCAGCAGGACAGCGAGGGGGGAGAGGCCCAACCCUGA